AUGGCUCCUCUUCCCUCUACCAAGCGUUCCUUACCCAAAAACUCCACUCCUAAUCCGCCCAAAACCUCCCCCCAUCCUCUCCCCCACACUGCCCCCCCUCUAUUUGACCGUGAGCCCUUCAUAGUGACCUGGAACAUCCCAAAGCUGGUCUGUAACAGGUACAACAUCUCCCUGGACACCUCCCCCUACAGAGGCGUGGCCACACCUGCCAAGGUGCCAGGUCAGUUCCUGUCUCUGUUCUAUACUGACCGACUGGGGCUCUACCCCCACGUGGACCUGCCUUCCAGGCAGCAAUUCUACGGAGGCAUCCCCCAGAGAGGAAGCCUUAGGGCCAGUCUGGCCAAGGCCCGGGCUGACAUCAACUACUACAUCCCCUCCAAGACGGCCCGUGGCCUGGCUGUGAUCGACUGGGAGGACUGGCGCCCCCUGUGGGCCAGGAACUGGGGAUCCAAGUGGAUCUACAGGACCCUAUCAGUGACCCAUGCCCGCCAGAGGGACCGCUCCCUCACAGCCUGGCGGGCCACGGCUGCGGCCAAGAAGCAGUUCCAGGCAGCAGCCCGCAGCUACAUGGCAGAGACUCUGUCCUUGGGUAGCCGCCUCAGGCCCAACUACCAGUGGGGAUUCUACCUGUUCCCCAACUGUUAUAACCAUGGAUGGAUGGAGCCGGGAUACACAGGGAGAUGUACCAAGGAGGUGAUGGGGCAGAACGAUGAGCUGCUCUGGCUGUGGGAGGCAAGUUCUGCACUCUACCCCUCUAUAUACCUGCAGGCGUCUCUAGGGGACAGGCAUAGCGCCGCCCUCUUGGUGAGAAACCGAGUCCAAGAGGCGCUGAGGGUGGCUGCCCUGCCCGCCCGGCCCACCACCGCACCCGUCUACGUGUACACACGACCCGUAUUCAUCGACCAGAACAGACGCUUCCUCAGCCAGGGGGACCUGGUCAGCACCAUCGGGGAGAGUGCUGCCGUGGGGGCCUCAGGAGCCGUGCUGUGGGGGGCCAGUGCCGACUACGAUGACAAGGCGUCCUGUCAGGCUCUUUCCUCGUACCUCACCACCACGCUCAACCCCUACGUCGCCAACGUGACAGCCGCCGCCCAGCUCUGCGGUGACUUCCUGUGCCAGGGGAACGGGCGCUGCGUCCGGAAGCACUACGAGUCGGACCACUACCUCCACCUGUCCUCAGGGAACUUCCGUAUCCUCCGGGCCAGGGGCACGUACAUGGUCCUGGGGACGCCCAGUCUGGCUGACCUGACUCUCUUCUCCAGGAGGUUCACCUGUCAAUGCUAUGCAGGACGGACAUGUUCCCCCAAGCUGCCCAUACACCUGUCUAAAGCACUGGUGUUUAGACUGAAGCAUCAGGGUCUGUCCGACAAGACUAAGACACUGAAUAAAGUGAUCGCUGAUAUGGAACAGUCAACCAUUAAAGAGAACUUGAAAAAACACUGAAACACCGAUGGAUGGACCAUGAGUGUUGACCUGUGUAACUGGACUGUGUCCUAUGUAACAUACGCAAGGUGGCCCAAGUCUCUUGUUUGACUUUCAUAAUAAUACUGUAAUAAUUAUCAGAGGUAAGCGAUGUGCGGCAGGGUAGCCUUGUGGUUAGAGCGUUGGACUAGGAACCGAAAGGUUGCAAGUUCAAAUCCCUGAGCUGACAAAGUACAAAUCUGCCGUUCUGCCCCUGAACAAGGCAGUUAACCCACUGAAAGUAAGAAUUUGUUCUUAACUGACUUGCCUACUUAAAUAAAGGUAAUAAUGUCUCAUGCAGAUGUUGGCUUCGGGUGAUAUGUUGAUUGAAAGAUUGCGGAUAAGGACAAACUACAGAGAAUGCCAUGCAGUACUGUAAAACCUGGGUAAAUCGCUGUUUUCUCUGUGACUUAAUAAGGUUCACGCUGCAGUAAUGAUGAAGCUCCACACUUAUUUACCGGUCUACUGAUGUCAUUCAGCAGGAAAUAGAUAUGUUGCGACUGGAACAAAGAAACAAAGAAGAGAAGAGAAGAGAAGAGUUUCUUGCAAGAAGAGAUGGUUAAUCUGCGACAACAUUUCUUCAGUAGUUAUUUGUAUAUGAUUUGAGUGCAUAUGUAAAUAAAAACACGACUCUCUGUCUCUGUGAGUAUUUACAGUGUCAUUGGUUGACCAUUGCACUACUGACCCUCACGGUGUUGA